AUGGGCACUGUGCUCAAGCCGCUCGCCGUCUCCCUGCUUCUUGCCGUCUUCCUCCUCGGGACCCUAGAUGCUUCUGAGAUCGGCAGCGAUGGCGACGAGAAGCAGGUGUACAUCGUGUACAUGGGGCAUCAGCAUCAGCAUGAGCCGUCAGAGUCGACUGGCGGUUUCUCUGCCGCAGAAGCUGCCCAUCACAAGCUGCUGAACCAGAUCCUCGACGAUGGCAGCUCAGCUCUGGGCAGGAUCGUCUACAGCUACAAGAGGAGCAUCAAUGGCUUCGCGGCCAGGCUCACGGAGCAGGAGAGGCGGAAGCUCUCCGGGACGGAGGGCGUGGUCUCCGUGUUCCCGAGCCGGACGUACCAGCUGCAGACCACGAGGUCGUGGGACUUCCUCGGCUUCCCCAGGAACGCGCGCCGGAGCUUGCCCACGGAGGGGGAGGUCAUCGUCGGCAUGCUCGACACCGGCGUGUGGCCGGACUCCCCGUCCUUCUCCGACGACGGCCUCGGCCCGCCGCCGGGCAGGUGGAAGGGCGCCUGCCUCAACUUCACCUGCAACAACAAGAUCAUCGGCGCCCGCGCGUACAGGCAGGGGCGCGCCGGCCUUUCGCCGGUGGACACCGCGGGGCACGGCAGCCACACGGCGUCGACGGUGGCCGGGCGCGUGGUGGAGGGCGUCGGCCUCGCCGGCGUGGCCGCCGGGUCGGCCCGGGGCGGCGUGCCGGGGGCCAGGCUGGCCAUCUACAAGGUCUGCUGGGACGACUUCUGCGCCGGCGAGGACAUCCUGGCGGCGUUCGACGACGCCAUCGCCGACGGCGUGGACGUCAUCUCCUUCUCCAUCGGCGGCAAGCUCCCGGCGCCCUACUUCGAGAACGCGGCGGCCAUCGGGUCGUUCCACGCCAUGAGGCGCGGGGUGCUCACCUCCGCGUCCGCAGGCAACUCCGCGCUGACCGGCGGGCGCGUCGGCAACGUCGCGCCGUGGAUGCUGUCCGUCGCCGCGAGCAGCACCGACCGCCGGCUCGUCGCCAAGCUGGUCCUCGGGAACGGCAAGACCAUUGUGGGUGCCUCUGUUAACAUCUUCCCCAAGCUUGAGAAAGCUCCACUUGCCCUCCCAUUCAACGGUUCUUGUCAACCGGAUUCUCUUGCCGGACAGUCAUACAGGGGGAAGAUCCUUCUCUGCCCUGGAGGAAGCAACGGCACCGGCCCUCUCUUGGCCGGCGCCGCCGGCACGGUCAUCGUCAACGCCGAGCCCGACGUCGCGUUCCAUACAUCAACAGAACACGCUUGCACGCCUCUUACGGUUGCUUUGUUCUGCAGUAAUCCUGUGGGCAGCAUCCACAGCACCAAGGCAACCUUCAACUCCGACGCGCCAAUCGUCGCCUCCUUCUCAUCCACGGGGCCAAACUUGAUCAGUCCUGGGAUCCUGAAGCCUGACCUGUCGGCGCCGGGGAUCGACAUCCUGGCGGCGUGGACGCCGCUGUCGCCGGUGUCCGGCAACCUCAGAGACAACAGGUUCGCGGCGUACAACGUCAUCUCCGGCACCUCCAUGGCGUGCCCGCACGCCACCGGCGCGGCGGCGUACGUCAAGUCCUUCCACCCCGGCUGGUCGCCGGCGAUGAUCAUGUCAGCUCUCAUCACCACAGCCACGCCGAUGGACCCAGCGCGCAACCCGGGCGGCGGCGAGCUCGUCUACGGCGCGGGGCAGCUCAACCCGGCGGCGGCGCGCGACCCGGGCCUCGUCUACGACGCGCGCGAGGACGACUACGUCCGCAUGCUCUGCGCGGAGGGGUACAACUCCACGCAGCUCCGGGCCGUCACUGGCUCCGACGCCACGGUGUGCCCCGCCAGCGGCGAGAGCGGUGCCACCGCCGACCUCAACUACCCGACGAUGGUGCACCACGCCGCGCCGGGGAAGAACUUCACCGUCCGCUUCCCGCGCACCGCCACCAAUGUCGGAGCGCCGGGGCGCUCCGUGUACACCGCCAGGAUCGUCGGCGGCUCAGGGCCGUACAUCAGAGUCGCCGUCGCGCCGAGGAGGCUGGCGUUCAGCAGGCUGCAGCAGAAGUUGUCGUUCACCGUGAAGGUCUCCGGCGCGCUGCCGGAUGGGAACGAGUUCGUGUCGGCCGCCGUCGUGUGGUCCGACGGUGUGCGUCAGGUUAGGAGUCCGAUUAUUGUGCACACGGUGGAUGUUCAGUAG